UACACUCACCUACCUAUUCACUCCACUCCACAAAUGUCAAUGUACGUGCCAUUAAUAUCUCAUCGAUCCCUCCUCUCAUGUUGUUAUAUCCCAGUUGCCCAUCUCUUAUCAUCUUGAAGCUUUGCCACUAGCCACUGACACAAGAUAAAGGAGUAUAAUGGCAUGCAUAUACGUUCCAUGGCUCUUGUUGACUCAAAUUCUACUACAAGUAGCAAAACAUGAGGCCAAGGUUCCAGCCAUUAUUGUGUUUGGAGACUCGUCUGUGGAUUCAGGAAACAACAACCAGAUUUCGACACCCUUGAAGAGCAAUUUCAAGCCAUAUGGGCGCGAUUUUGCUGGCGGUCAACCCACAGGAAGGUUCUCCAAUGGUCGUGUUCCUCCGGAUCUCAUCUCUGAGGCUUUCGGGCUGAAGCCCUCUGUUCCUGCUUACUUGGAUCCCAAGUUUGGGAUUUCGGAUUUUGUCACUGGUGUUUGCUUUGCUUCUGCUGGAACCGGCUAUGACAAUGCUACUUCUGAUGUACUGAAUGUUAUACCUCUGUGGAAAGAAGUGGAGUACUACAAGGAGUACCAAAGCAAAUUGAGAGCCUAUGUUGGCCAUCACAAGGCAAGAAAAAUUUUGACAGAGGCUUUGUACUUGAUAAGCUUGGGAACCAAUGACUUCCUUGAGAACUACUACACGAUUCCUCGCCGGCAAGCCCAAUUUACAGUCCAGCAGUACCAGGAUUUCCUGGUGGAACUUGCUGAAAAUUUCCUGAGGGAAAUUUACAGUCUUGGAGUCAGAAAAAUUUCCUUAACUGGGGUACCUCCUAUGGGGUGCUUGCCCUUAGAGAGGGCCACAAAUUUCAUGAAUAAUCAUGAUUGUGUGGAGGAAUAUAACAACGUGGCUGUGGAAUUUAAUGGGAAGUUGAACAACAUGGUAGCAAAACUAAAUCAGGAGCUUCCAGGCUAUAAAAUUCUAUUUACAGCAAAAGUAUAUCAGUUCUUCUAUCAAAUCAUUAGAAGCCCUUCUUCAUAUGGGUUUGAUGUUGCUGAAGUGGCAUGUUGUUCUACUGGGACAUUUGAGAUGAGUUACCUCUGCAACGAGGAUAAUCCAUUUACAUGCACAGAUGCAAGUAAGUAUAUAUUUUGGGAUGCCUUUCAUCCUACAGACAAAACAAAUCAGCUAAUAGCUAACAUUUUGAUUCCAGAUCUUCUAAAAUUGUUCAAUUGAUUUAUUAUUCUUUUUUUUUUUCUUUCUCAAAAAAAAAAAAAAUGCUUUCACAUUUUGCUGUAGAAACUAGAAGGCGUGGUGUGAUGGCUCUGAGAUUUUAUUAUUUUAUGUGUUAUGUAACGACUCUAAUAUAUAAUAUAGUGUUUAUGUGUA